GUUCCGCUUCCGGUCCGAUGGUGGCGGCGGGUCCUCCGCCCGCUCCCGAGCCGGUUCGGGAGUGGGGCGAUGGAUCCCGAGGGCGGAGACAGCGGGGUGGCUUUCCGCGGUCUGCAGAGCCGCUCCGGCCCGAAGACGAAGCUGCGGAAGAGGAAGUCCACCCUGUACGCCGGCGCCCCGGAGAAGGGCGCCCGACCCGCCGGGGAUCUCCUUGGAGAAAACACUUACCUGGUCUUGUUUAUCAUUGCUUUACGAAUACUUAACUGCUUUUUAGUGCAGACGAGCUUUGUUCCAGAUGAAUACUGGCAGUCUCUUGAAGUUGCACAUCACAUGGUUUUCAAUUAUGGUUAUUUGACCUGGGAGUGGACAGAAAGAUUGAGGGGUUACACUUAUCCCUUAAUUUUUGCAAGCAUCUACAAGAUUCUGCAUCUAUUGGGGAAAGACAGUGUGCAGUUACUGAUCUGGAUUCCCAGACUCGCCCAAGCACUUCUGUCUGCUCUAGCAGACCUAAGGCUUUACUCACUAAUGAAGCAACUGGACAGCCAAGAAGUGGCAAGACAGGUGUUGUUUUGCCAGUUGUGUUCUUGGUUCACGUGGUAUUGCUGUACCAGAACCCUCACCAACACCAUGGAGACUGUUCUCACUGUACUUGCUCUUUUCUACUAUCCUCUGGAAGGUUCCAAGUCCAUGAACAGUGCUAAGUACAUGUCCCUGGUGGCCUUUGCCUGCAUAAUUCGCCCCACAGCCGUCAUCCCGUGGAUACCGCUACUCUGUACACAUUUCUGGCAAGCACGGAGAAAGCUCCCUCUUACUCUGCAUCAUUUCUUACCUGUGGGAUUUAUAGCUUUGAGUUUGUCUCUGAUCAUUGAUCGCAUUUUUUUUGGCCAAUGGACACUGGUUCAGCUUAAUUUUUUGAAGUUUAACGUGCUGCAGAAUUUGGGGACUUUUUAUGGCUCUCAUCCAUGGCACUGGUACUUCACUCAAGGAUUCCCAGCUGUCCUGGGUACGCAUAUACCCUUCUUUAUCCAUGGCUGCUUUCUAGCCCCUAAGAGGUACCACAUACUCAUGGUGACUGUGCUGUGGACACUGUUAGUUUAUAGCAUGUUAGGUCACAAAGAAUUCAGGUUCAUCUACACAGUUUUACCGUUUUGUAUGGUGUUCUGCGGAUACUCAUUAGCCCACCUGAAAUCAUGGAAGAAAACAGCCCUUAGUUUCCUGUUAUUAUCAAACACACUCCUCGCAUUCUAUACUGGCUUAGUUCAUCAACGAGGCACUCUUGAUGUCAUGAGUCAUAUUCAAAAAGUCUGUCACAGUCCAAAUAAAUCUUCGGCCUCAAUACUUAUACUGAUGCCCUGCCACUCUACUCCGUAUUACAGCCAUGUUCACUGUCCACUUCCAAUGCGAUUUCUCCAGUGUCCCCCAAACUUGAGCAGGAAAAGCAAGUAUCUUGAUGAAGCAGAUGUGUUUUACCAAAACCCGUUGAAGUGGUUACAUAGAGAAUUUCCAGAGGAUGCACCACUACCUACUCACUUGAUCAUCUUCAGUGUUUUGGAGGAGGAAAUAAGUGCUUUCCUAGCUGCAAGAAAUUAUGAGAGGACUGCUCUUUUCUUCCACACUCACUUGCCAGAGGGUCGAAUUGGACCUUACAUAUGUGUCUAUGAACGAAAGGGAAGUGGGAAACUCAGCAGAAGAUGAAACUCUGGACUGUUUGGAAUUUCUAGUGACAGCACCUGACAUCGCUGGGAUGGAAGCACUCGGACAAUACUUCAAUCAAUGCCAAAGUCGGAUUCAUUGCUUGCAAUAAACCAUUAUGAACUGCCCAAAUACCAUUACUGACGAAUUAUAUAAAAUACUACAAAGUAAAAAAAAUACCUAUUAAUACAAUGCCAGAUUUUAAAUAAAGACCUUUAGUUUUCCUCA